AUGACUCCUAUUGUCUUGGACCAGCACCUAAGUAUCACGAUUGAAUGGCAUACCUUAGAGGAGAAGUACUCCAGGAUCUCCACAAGUGGGCGAAUAUUCAUAACGGGUAUAUUCACCACCAGAGUCUCUUCCUUCCGGCCAACUAACACCGUCGCUCUCUCUUCAUGGUCCAGCGAAGCGCUCACUUUGACAGCCUGGCACGCUCUCGACCUACUCCGCAACAUCGACCGCCGACGAACCCACUUCUUCGCCAUAACUCUCCGCCGACGUCCCAACACGACCGAUCCUCGAACACUCUACAGUCUCAUCGACUGUGAGGUCCUCCCCCGCUCUCUCAUGGAAGAGAAGUACCACAAUACGGGUGACAUGCUGCGGGACGAGCGGCCGGCCUCUGAGGUGGGAACUAAUCCCGUCUCUAUAUGGGACAUGCAGGAGGUAGACAGGAAGAAGGAAAGUGCGAGGGCGUAUGGUGCAUGUAAGGUCGUGUCGAUGGAGUUGCCAGAGGGGGAUAAUAGGCCCGUGAGGCAAGCGUUUAAGGAGGUAUAUCUGAUAAUACUUACUGCUAUCGGAUUUGACUCUUCACAGAACCGACUUCCUCGAGAAUUUUGGUUAAAAUGUCUCAAGAAUUCGCUGGACGGGGGUGCAUGGAGCGUAGCCUUCCAUCCUCACCAACCUUAUAAUGGUUAG